AUGGAGUGGACGAUUUUUGAGAGCGAAUUCAAAACGUCCACUGAAGAGUUUAAGCUGACCGAUCGCGAUAACCUGAGGCGGUUGAAUAAGUCGCUGCAAGAUAAAGCGCGCAAGACCGUGGAAUCAUUGCUUUCGUCUCCUGAUAAUGUACAGCAGAUCAUGAGAAUGCUGAAAUCUAACUUUGGACGCACGGAAUGGGUGGUGGCGAAUAGAUUGGAAACACUGAGAAACCUGGAGAGCAUCAAGGAGGGAAACAUCGAGUCCUUUCGUGUUUUCUACAACGCGGUGAUUGGAACCAAGGUUGCGAUGCAGAAUGUCAAGGCGGAUAAUUACUUGAUGAAUCCGGAACUCAUCUCACACCUGACUGAAAAACUGCCUGCAUUCAGCAAGCAGAUGUGGGUUCGACACAAGGCCGCUUUGAUGAAGGAAAAUGUCGUAAUCGACUUCAACAUUUUCUCUCGCUGGUUGGAGGAUGAGAUGGACAAUCAACUCGCAAGUCUAAAUCCUGUCUUCAGUGCCAAGAAAUCAAACUUCUCACUGAAGCCGAAGCAGAUUGUUCUCAACGUCAACAGUCGUGAGGGGGAAGAGACAGCGAAGUGUCCGCUAUGCUCGUCAAGAUCGCAUGCUAGUUUGGAGAAGUGCGAGCAAUUCCGCAAGUUAUCUGUUGCUCAACGUCGGUCUGCUGCUAAUUCUUGCAAGGUCUGCUACACCUGUCUGAGAGCGGAUAACACAAGAAGAAACUGUAAAUCCAAGAAGAAGUGUUCGAUCUGUGAGAAGAAUCAUCACGAACUGGUCCAUAAUGAUGAACUUCCAAUGACCACCGCGUCUCGCCGACCGGAUACUCAAGACAGUCAGAUGAACGUAUGUAACGUGAACGGUAAAAACGUCAACACACGGCUCCGAGUGGGAAAAGUGAAGAUUCGUGGUCCGAAUGCCGUCGAGGAAGUGUUUGCCCAUCAUCACCUGGAGCUUUCAUAUUACUCCGUCCAAAUCAGUCCCCCAGGAAUCACGGAGGAUUCAAACUGGUGA